CCAGGCCAGGCAAGCGGGCCCUGCGUUGCGCUUCCCCGGACCCCGCGCGCUCCCCUCUGAGUACGCGACGCAGCCGCGGCCACCCCGGGAAGCAGUGAGCCUGGGGACCGGACCGGCGGCCCCUGAAAUGGUGCUGUGCAACCCCGGGACAGCGAGACCCCGGGACUCUGCAGCCCCACGGGAUCCUAGGGGAGGGGCGGGCGGCGCCGGCCAAUCGGGAGCCCGGGCCGCGUCAUCCCCGAGGUCGCCGCCUCCCGCGGUUCCACCCCAGAGUUGCAGCUCCAGCGGGUCCACGCCAGUGCCCCGGACCGGGUCCGAGCCCAGCCCGCAGGAGCUUGGCCGGCAGAGGCUGGUCCUGAGAGAGGCUUGUACGCAGCCCAGUGGAGCCAACCCUGGGGACAGCAAGAUGACCUCAGAGCACAGGGAUGUCCUCGUGCUGCUGCCCGCCCAGAAGCAGUUGCGACUGGCAGUCGGGGUGAGGGCCACGGCGCGGGAGCUGUUCCAGCAGGUGUGCAGCGUGCUGGGCCUCCGGGAGGCCCGCUUCUUCGGCCUCAGCGUGGUCAGAGACAAUGAGCACGUAUUCAUGGACUUGGAGCUGAGGCUCAGCAAGUACUUCUCAGAGGACUGGGAGAGAGGACCGCGACAGGGAGGCUGGAGGCCCCGGGCGCCCUUCGUCACCUCCCUCAGAGUGCAGUACUACGUGGAGAACGGGAGGGUCAUGAGUGACCAGGUGGCCCGGCACCUGUACUACUGCAGCCUGAAGGAGCGGGUGCUGCGGUCCCAGUGCGCGCACAGGGAGGAGGCCUACUUCCUGCUGGCCGCCCUCGCGCUGCAGGCCGACCUGGGCAGCCACCGCAAGCCGCCGCACGUGGGGCGGUACUUCGAGCCACAGGCCUAUUUCCCACAGUGGGUCAUUGCCAAGAGGGGUGUCGACUAUAUCCUCCGGCACGUGCCCACCGUGCACCGCGAGCAGCAGGAGCUCAGCCCCCAGGCAGCUGUGCUGAGGUUCAUCAGGGACGCCUGUCAGCUCGAGGACGUGCCUGUCCACUUCUUCAGGCUGUACAAGGAUAAGAAGCGUGAGCACCCCACCUUCCUUCUGGGACUCACCCUCAAGGGAAUGCAUAUCUAUCAGGAGGUGAGCCACGCUCCGCAGCUGCUGCACGACUUGCCCUGGCCCUGCAUCAGGAAGCUGGCCUUUCUGGGAAAGAAGCUGCAGAUCCAGCCGGCUGGGCUGCCCCCAUCCCGGAAGCUGGUUUUCUACACGGGUUCUCCCUGGCGCUCCCGGCACCUGCUCCGGCUGCUCCGCUCCAGCCACCAGUUCUACCUCAGUGUGAAGCCCCGGCUGCAGCGGCUGCAGCUGCUGGAUGAGGCUGAAGAGAAGAAGCGCUACCAGGAGGCCUACAUCAGCGACCCGCUGGACUUGGACCCAGAGCUGGCCAGCAGGCACAGGAGGGACACUGGCCCGCACCACCACCACCGCCUCUCGCUCAGCUCUGCUGACAGCCACGGCAGUGCCCACACACUGGGCACAGAGGCCGACUCUCAGCCUGCAGAAUCUGGGGAGGUGUCUGUGGAUGAGCCCGUAGCUGCUGAGGGCCUCUGCAGGAAGAUGCCGUCCAUCAGCUUCAGGGACAGCGGGGGCAGGAAAGCCUCCUGCUCGGGGCCCUUCACAGUGGUGCAGGUCCCGCUGGCCAGGACCAGAGGCCAGAGCGCCGAGGUCCUACACAAGGUCCGGGAGGCGGAGCCCAGCGGCAGGGAGGCCCUGCACAGCCGCAGCCUGGACCACACGCAUCAGCUCCAGCCAGCCCCUCGCCCUGCACCUGCCUCUCAUACCUGUGCCUUCAGCUGCGCCCUGGCCGGGCUGCUGGUGCCCCAGGAGGCCAGGGCUGCCCUCUGUGGCAAGAGGUCCAUGAACUGUCUCUCCCUGGACCUGCUCAGGGAGGGCGCGUCCUUGCAGGAGUUUGUGGUGUAGACACUAUCCACAGGUGCCUCCGUCUGCGCCUGCCAGCCUGAGGGUGGCUCACCCCAACACCACUGCCCUGUGGCCAGCCCGGGGCAGGGCGGUCUUGGCCCUUGCCUCUUCUCUCUUCCAACCCCCACUUCCUGGCCAGCUUCCAACGGUCUCCCCCUGUGGGAGGUGUGAAGCCAGCUCGGACGUCAGCUCAGGGUGACGGGGGUCCUCCUCGUGCCUGUCUGUGGCCCAUAAGCUCCUUCCCCAAAUGAUAAGUCAGGGUCUGGACAUCCAGCGUCCAGGAGAGCCAGGAGUCAGUGGUGUUGACCCUGGGGCAGCGCAGCAGCCUAUGUGAAGGGUGUCUGGCCAGCCUCAGGCCCUGGGGGAGCCUGGCCUCCUGCACUUACACUGCCCGCACGGGCCCUAAACCCAAAGCUGCAGCUCACCAUUGCACCACUGCGCCAUGGCCUCUCCUGGACCUUGCUUUUUGUGAUUCUGCUCAGAAGUUCAGGGUCCUGCAGAUGCAGGCCUCUCCUGCACUCUGGGCCCAGCUGUCUCCCAGGCCCAACCCAGAGACCCUGUCACCUCCUGCACAGACAUACCACCAGGUAGAGGAUGGCUCCCUGCACAGACCCCUGCCCUGAGGCUGAGGCCUCUCCCGCCCCAGGCCGUGCUCUCUUCCCGAGACAUCCCAGCCUGGCCCAGAAGUGCUGUGGUGCGAUGGCCCUGCUGGUGGCAGGGAAGGUGCCUUGGUUGGGGCUGCUCCUCUGCCUCAUCUGCCUGCCACCACAGUGGCCCCUGCCUUCCUCCCAGGAGGCUCCAGGGGCUGCAGGCAGGUGGAUCCCACGGGUAAUUCCGCCUUGGUGUCUUAGGUGCCUGAAAAGCCCAGGGCUGGGGGUUCAUUACUGUGGACUCUACACAGGGGCCUGCCAGCAUCCUGCCGUCCUGUUUGUUUGGACAUGUGGACUUGUGUGUCUGUUGGCUAAGCCCUGUGUGGUCACUGGGAGCCAUCGCGGCACAGCAGUAAAGAACCAAGCACACCCAGA